CCUGAGGUCUGUUUCAUCCACAGUUCAGUCAUGAUGUCUGCAACGUUCUCGUCUGUUUCUGCUUCUUGUCUGUGGAUUUCUGCAUGUGUGUGGUUCUGGUUCUGUUCACAUGUUGAAGGUGAACCAAUCAUUGCUGCUCCUGGUGAUGAUGUCAUCCUGCAGAUCCUCCUGGACUCUCAGGAGGAUCUGCAGGAACAGAUUGUGGAGUGGAUCAAACUGGACAUGAAGCUUUUUGUGUUUCUGUACUGGAGAAGGAAGAUCAUAACUGAACACAUGAGCGAGUCGUUUAUCCCGAGAGUGUCUCUGGACCAAGACGGACUAAAACGAGGAGACGUGACGUUAAAGAUCAGGAACGUGUCGCUCCAGGAUGAGGGGAAGUACAGCUGCUUCAUUCCUGGGAAGAACUUCAGGGAGACGGUUCAGCUGGUUGUUGAGCCAAACGGAGUCAGAGCUCCAACCAUGGAAACAUCCCAGGUUGACAUCAUCUCCACUCCAGAUCCAGGAGGAGACCGGAUCUGGAUCAGUCGCUCCAGACCGGCUCUCUGGAUCCUUCUUGGACUUUUUCCCUCAGUGAUCCUCUCUGCUGUUUGUGUUUGUGUCUGUCAGAGGAAACAACCAGAAGGUCAGAAUCCUCCUCUGGUCUGAAGACAUCCCAGCUAUACAAUACAUUAUUGGUCCUCUUGAGGAUCAAUGAAUACACAUUGCUGCCACGUGUUGGCACUACAUACUUAUCACAUUCACUUUAGGUGGAUGGAAGCUAAUAUGUGAAGACGUGACGAUGCUCUGGUUAGACCUGCUUUUGCCUGAGGAUCGGUGCUCCUUCAGUCAUUUUGAAGAACUUCUUACAGUUCUCAACACAAAAUCUCUGAACAUGUGCUUCAUAAAGUCUGAAGGUCUGAGCCGGAUUUCAAUGGUUCCAGGCGUUUCAGGAUCACAGAUGUUCGGUUUAAACUAUGUUGGUUUGAACCGUUCAGAGUUUGAUGUAAUGAGUUUGGUCCAGCUGUUCUUUGAUGCCGUGUCUGGUUUUCUGUUCAGCUGGAAGCUUGUAGCUGGAACGUUUAGACGUUCUCCUCAUGUGGUUCCUCUGCAGCAGCUCUGAUAGUUCAGUUCUUCAGAGGUCUGGAAGUCAAGAGACCACUAUAGUUGAGACGUUUACCAACAAAUCCAUUGAUUGAAAUGGCCUUUUAACUUGAGCUAUGGAAAAUCAGUCAUACAGCCACCUCAAUGGGCGUUGUGAAAUGGAACGUACCAUUAAGUGUGGUAAGUGUGACCCGAAGUAUAAGUAAGGCUAAUGAACGCUAUACGUACUUAUGAUAUAGGGUGAUGCUACCAUACACAACACUUUAGUCAUUACUAAGGUUGAAAACGAUAAACUAAGUUAAAAAGGUUACUAGUAUGUUUCCUUAAAGAUACGAUAAGUAACGAUAUGAUAAGAAAUGAUACAAUAAGAAACGAUAAAAGAUACGAUACGAUAAGUAAAAAUACGUUA